AUGUCUCUGAAGGUCAUUAUCAUCGGAUUUCCUUUCGACCCUAUCGUACUUGAGCAAGAAGAUGACAUUGGUGGCACAUUUCGGUACCGAUCUUACGAACAAUUGAUAUGCUUCUCCGAUUAUCGUCUGCCAAUGUCCCACCCGGAUCAUAUGAGUUUAGAGAAUUAUCUAGACUAUCUCAGAGCAUAUGCACAGCAUUUUCAACUUAGCGAAAGAAUCAAACUCAACUGCAAGGUCAUCGAUGUCAACCGCGAUCGCAUCAGUGGCGAACAUGAUACGAAGCUUAAAACCGCACGAUAUCUAGCUAUCUGUUCGGGAAAACCGGUGUUCCACUCCCACGAAUACAAGACUAGAUCCCAACUUGCGGAUAAGCGUGUGAUGAUCCUUGGAACUGGCGACCGGUAUGACCUCGCAUAUGAAGCAGCUAAGGCUAGAGCCAAGGAAGUAGUACUGUGUACGCGAGGAGGAUUUUUGUCCAUUCCUCACGCGUUGAACAAUUUUGAAAUUUUUGGGAUGAAAUUCGAUGCCGAAAAGAAAGUAGCCGUAGAUAGCCUCAUUACUACCCUUUCUGAAACUGCUUAUGUUCACCCCUGGAUAGCCAGCUCACAUAUUCGAUGGUUCAUAUCUGACUUUGUCAUCGAAUAUGUCUUGUGGUUCCUCACGGGUACUCAGGCUGGCCGUAAUCAGUGGGUGGGGCAAUUAGAACCGGAGAGGCUUGGACGUGCCUAUGUGUUUCUAAACAAGUCGCACAAAGCUAUGCCGUAUCUGAAUCGACCGUACCGGGACCGACUCGCAUUCCUCGAUCAUAUUGCUCGAUAUAUCGAUCCACCCGAGAACUCACCUCCGCAGACUGACUACGUUGUCGACUUGGCGCCAUUUCCUCUCAUUUCCUUCCUGACGGUCGAGCCGUCUUCCCUCACCUUCCGAAACGACGUUCGCUUAGAGGUGGUAAUAUAUACAACAGGUUAUACGCAAGAGUUUGCUUUCCUUGAUAAGGAUAGUGGAUACGCCACGCCUGAAGGAGCAAAUAUUCGAAAUAUUGCUCGUGAAGGAGAUGAAAGCGUUGGUUUCAUCAGGUUUGUCAGACCCGGUGUCGGAGCAAUACCGCCCAUUGCGGAAAUGCAGACCUUCUGGAUAUCACUUAUCAAAGGACAGGUACGAAGGCCUCUUCCCCCGCCGCAUUACCACCUGCUUGUUGAAGACACCGCGCGGAUCAAAUAUGGUGUCGAUCAUUCAACGUAUAUGAGUACUCCUGCGAAAGACAUCGGCGCGGCUCCAGGUCUUUGGCAACUCUGGCGAUUAUACGGGACACAUGUUCUGGUAUGCUAUUGCUUCGGUGCGGCGUUCACCUCAUUCUAUCGUUUGGUAGAUACGAUAAUGCGGCGCGGUAUUGUCGGAAACAUGAUUAUGAGGGUUAUACCUAUGGCAUUCUACUUGACACUCAAUGCCCUUGCUUUCGAGGCAGGGCUGGCGUAUUGUCUUUGUGGGGACGCAUCGAAUAAAUAUAUAAUACUUCCUUUUCACUUUAUAAGUGGCAUGACAAAACUCUGUUAA